AUGAACAAUAAAAAUGAUGAUAUGGCCAGAAAGAAGAAGGCGAAACAAUCGUGUGUGCUUGUGCUUUAUGCUUCAUUGGAUUUUCUUUUCCCAACUCUUCUCUCCCAAUCGAUGGCAAAUCCUACAUGGUCAAUUACAUGGAUCGUGGGUGGAAGAAAUGAGAAUCAUGUGAGCCAUAAAACCAUUUUCUAG